AAAUCGGCGACCUCACUCCACCUGGAUGCUCACUCUGAUGCUACGAUGCUGUCUAACCUUUUCUCUCUAACACUCUCCUUAUCUCCGUAGAGUAGCUGCUAUCUGGGUUUGACGAGAUAUUACCAGUCAGCAAGUUGGUGUUGCUUCAAUGAUGGUGUUGAUCUCUGGGUUGUCUAUAAAUUGUUCAGGCUUGGCAAACCCUUGUCCUACUAAACUCCCGUUCAGGAUUCAGAGCUAUAAUGGAAUCAGAUUUAAUGAUUACAAUACUGUUCAGCUAAGGCCUGGAAUGAUUUCUAGACAAAAAAUUCCAUAUAUUUUCGCAAACUAUUCUGGCAACAAGCAUGCUUUAUCUGUGGGAAGAAAUUCUCAACAAUUGAGCUUUGAGGAUGGCGUACCUGAGGAAACCUUUUUGAUUAGUCUUGUCAAGCAAGCGAUCUGGGCUCUGAGGUCUUUAUUUGUAUUUCUGGUUGAGCAACCUAGUCAAUUGAAGUACAUAGAGUGGCCAAGCUUCCAAAGCACGCUGAAGACUGCUACCCUAACUCUUGUUCUUGUAGCACUACUCAUUGUUGCAUUAUCAUCGGUGGACUCCGUCCUCUGCUAUUUCUUGGCUUUGGUUUUGAGGAGAACCCCAUAAUGGUUCCCUUAGGCUGGGCAUAUCAUUCUUGAACCACCCCUUUCAAA